CCUCCGCUGGGCUGUUGCCGGAAGCCGGCGCGGUGAGUCAGAGAGAGGAAGCGCCGAGCCCGGGCCGCCCCUCACAGGAUGCUCGGAGCUCGGAGCGUCUCUGCCCAGAGACGGAGCCGCCGGCAUGGGAGAGGAAGGGGGCCGUCCGGGCCAUGCUGGCUGGGUCCGCAAGCAAUGCAGCCGCGGGCUCCUGGGGGGUGGCUGGAAGGAACGCUACAUCCGACUGGACAGAGGCCGCCUCCUCAUCUACGAACAGCAGGGUGACAUCCAGUGUGAGGAGACAGUGGACCUUGCAAAGUACCAGUGCUGUCAGGAGCUGCGAGGAUUGAUAAAGAAAAGAAAACAAUUUAGACUGACUCUUGUCCGUAGCACAGGAACUAAGGUACCCGAACCAAAGUUUCAAGUUCCAAAUGCUGAAGAAAAGGAUUUGUGGCUGACUGCCUUAAAUGAAGCAAUCAAAGAGGCCAACAAUGAACGGUUUGAUCAGGUUACAGUGGAUGAAAAAAAUUCUCUGGAUCACUUGACACGCAACAGAGUGAAAAUAAACCACAGCAGAAGACCACCAACCAGACAACAUCGGAGAGAAGUUGCCACUGCUGUGUCUGAUGGAAUGCAGAGAUUGGAACUUGGUGCUCAGAAUCUUAUAACUGAAAACAAAAGUGAAGAGAAUUCAAAGGGAAAUGUUCGUGACCAUGCCAACACGAAUAGACCUAUCCUCAUGCCUAAGGUGAAACCCAGUAAUGCAAAAGUCAACAUUGGGCCAGAGGUUUUGGACAGCCAGGGCAAGGAGCCUGUGAUCAAGGAAGGGGAGGAACCUGUGACCAAGGAAGGGGAGGGGCCUGUGACCAAGGAAGGGGAGGAGUCAGCAUCCAAUGAAGGGGAGGGGCCAGCAAACAAUGAAGGGGCGGGGCCGAUGACCAAGAAAGAGGCGGAACCGGCGACCAAUGAGGGCAAGGAGACGGCUGGAGCAGACCCCAUAGAAUGGGAAAAUGCAAAUGAAUCUGAUUGCCAAGCAAAUGUAUCCAGGGGUGAUGAAGUGAAGAACCUAUCUUCUGAAACAAACAGUACUAGUUCACUUUCUAGAGCAAAUCUAUCCAGAGUUAAAUGUUCUUCCAUGGGGAAUCUCUUGGGCGAAUCCAAACCGAAAGGAAUGAAGAAAGGAUUCAAUGCCUAUUUUGCUGACCUAAAGAAUGAGAAUGUGGAAAAAAUGGAAGGUGAAAUAGCAUUGGAGCUAAAAGUAACACAGAAACUUCUCCAUCAAGUGACUCAGGUCUUGGAUCCAGGUAAUGACACACCUGGUGAGCAGAGUGAUGCCACACAGAAUGGCCAAUCAACCAAGCAUGCCGCACACUUACUAAACGAAGCUAUGGCCAAAUGGUCAGAGGCUGACAAAGUCUUGCAGGAACUUAAAGAUUUAAAAGAAUUAUGCAAGAAAUCUGAGACACUCACCUUGGAGGAGAAAGUGAGACGCAAAAAUCUGUUGAUUAUCCACAGAAGAAGUAUGCCAUAGUUUGACUGUAAUGUACAGGAAUGCCAGUGCAAACUUGCUGGGUAGACUAAUUGUUAUAUCCAAAUCUUAAACCAAGUUUCUUACAUUAUCUUAAAUUUGUCUGCAGUAAGUGGACAAGAAGUGGGAGCCUAUGCAGUUGGCCAGAACAUCUUUGAUGAAGUAAUAGAUUUUUUGUAAAAUAAUUAUUUGUAUGGUAUUGAGCUGAGAAUCUGGGAUCAUGCAAUGAUCACACCAGUAUGGUUAUGCUAAUCACCAGCUUGACUGCUACAGAGUCAAACAUUUUGCACACGCUCAGUUUUUUAAUCUUAGCUAAUAAGAGCUUCCUCAGAUUUUUUUUGCUCUAAUUUUCCUUUGUUCUUGUUGUUUCAACUCUCUAGCUUUCCUGUUGUGUUGUUCAACUAUGAUUUGCAGCAAAUGCAGGGGUUAUAGAGUUCCCUCUGCAUGCUGUAUGUCCUUUUUUAAAUUAUCCAAUGGUAUGAUGAAGGUUGUUACAAUAGAUUUAUUUCUGACAGUGUUGUUGUCAACGUGAUGGCAAGAAUGUUGUUUGUGAGUCCUGUUUGUGAAGGAGACAGGCUACUGAGUCCAUUCCUGCCCAGGGUCAGAAGGCAAUUAUGUUCUAAUUCUGUAAUCAUUAAAAUAUGAAUGUAAAGUUGCUGAUUUGUAAUUUCCAGUCAGUAUUUCAGUUACCGCAAGUAUUACUGUAUUUAGUUUAACUGCAUUGUUCAAACAAUAUUUGUACAAGUAUUUCUGCAAAAACACGAUAGUUGCAUUUGUAAGAAACCACAUUUUCAAAGAUUGUGUUUUAAAAACAACUGUCAUUGGGGAUAAGAGGGGGUUAGGGGCAAGAAUGUUUCAGAUUUGCAAUAAUAGUUAUUCUUCCUGCAGGAUUUUCAAAACUAAAGGUAUUUACAAUAGCUACAAGUUUUGAUACUGCAAACUACAAAUACUGAAGGUUGCGUAUUAUUUUAUUUAAUGGAGCAUCAUUGUACAAGUGUCAAUACAAAUGAUUCGUGUCAAUUUCCAGUGGCCUCCCACAUUGAAACCAGCAGCUGCAUUCUGAAGAGUCUUAUUACUGCAUGGAGGUUACAUGGAACAAAGUAUUUACUCCAAGACUUGUUUUCCCCAAGACAGCUUUUUUUCCCUGCUUAUCAAUUUCCAAAGUAAUUUAAAAGUGGCUCUCUACAGUUUGAGAUUGAAAUUGCAUUAUAACCAAUUUGCGCUAUGGAAACAAGCAUUAUAGCGGAACUACCUGUAUUUCUGUGACCUCCAAUUAUUUUUACUGCCAGUAUUAAUAAUUAUGCAAAAAUAAAACAAAAUGACUGUCUUAGUAUAUACCAAGUGGAAUGUUUUAUAUAUCCUACCAAUUAACACUGGCUUAUUGCUUUAUUUAUAUUUUAACCAUGUUUAUAUUUUUCCAUAAUGAAGGAAAUAUACCAUGAAAUAAUGUAGAAACAUUUUAAAAUAAAAAGGCAUUCUGUCAACCACAGUA